AUGGACUGCGACUGUCUCCACGAUACCGUAGGCUGCGUGGCCUUCUAUACCUGCAAGCCGCUCCUCAUCUGCCGCGCCAUCCUGUCGACAGCAUGGAAAGCCGCCCGUAUGGUGCACGGAUUGGCUGCCGAGAACGCCGCCUACAGCGCCGUUCACUCUUCUUGGCCGCCUCCAGCCAGCAGCACCUUCCAGCCUCGCUCUGCCAGACCCGCCGCCCGCGAGCGUCCCACUUCGAACUACUAUCACACGCUUCAACAACAACUGGCUCAAAUCGAAACCGAGAGGACCCCACAGCGGUGGAGCAGCCCCCCAACUUACCGCCUUCACGACGACAACGCUCCGAAACCAGCACCUCUCAACUUCAGCGUUUCCCAGAAGCACUCGUACGGCGACUUGGCAUGCGAAAAAGAGAUGCGGAUCGCCGUGUAUCCCGUAAAGGAGGAGCCAAGCCCGGUCGACUCUGUUUUCCCCCGCAGCCCGGUCGACUCUGACUUCCCACGAAGCCCGAUAGAGACGAUGAGAUAUGUUCCGAUGGCGACGUAG